CGCUUAGUCCUGGGGACGUGUACUGAGGGCAGUACUUGUCGACAGCAGACGUUUUCACCUUUUUAAAGUGUGUGACUGAAGGAGUCCAGCCACUGACUGAGCAGACACAGAAGGUUAUUAACUUGUCAGCAGAAGACCCAGUUUUCAUCUGCUUGCUCUAAGAUGGUGACUGCCAAAGUAUGGGUUCUAAAGAAGCAUUUUGAUGGUUUUCCCAAAACCAGUGACUUUGACCUGAAAGAGAUAGAGCUACCAAAUCUAAAGGAUGGAGAGUUGCUGCUUGAAUCCGUGUUUCUCAGUGUUGAUCCUUACAUGAGGCCUUACAGUCAAAGGGACAUGAAAGAAGGUGACAUAAUGAUAGGCACGCAGGUUGCCAGGAUUGUAGAAAGCAAAAAUUCUGCUUUUGCAGUGGGAGCUUUUGUUUUGGGUAACAAGGGCUGGAGAACUCAUUUUAUCUCUGAUGGGAAAGACCUACAACUCCUUCCUUCCAGUUGGCCAGAAUCACUCCCCAGAUCUCUAGCUCUUGGAACAGUUGGCAUGCCAGGCCUCACUGCAUAUUUUGGUUUGCUGAAGGUCUGCAAGGUGAAGCCCGGAGAGACAGUGCUGGUUAAUGCUGCAGCUGGUGCUGUGGGCUCUGUGGUGGGGCAGCUCGCUAAAAUUUGGAGUUGCAAAGUGGUUGGCUGUGCUGGCUCAGAUGACAAAGUUGCCUAUCUGAAAAAAAUAGGCUUUGAUGAAGCCUUUAAUUACAAGACUGUUAAAUCUCUGGAUGAAGCACUGCGUAAAGCCUCUCCUGAUGGCUAUGACUGUUUCUUUGACAAUGUGGGUGGAGAAUUUGCCAGUGUUGCUAUCAACCAGAUGAAGAAGUAUGGAAGGAUUGCAGUCUGUGGUGCCAUCUCUCAGUACAAUGACACUGUGCCUCAGAAAGGGCCUUAUGUGCAGAUUCCCAUGAUUUUCAAAGAGCUUCAAAUGGAAGGGUUUAUUGUGAGCCGAUGGAAGAACCAGUGGGAGGAAGGUCUGCAGGCUCUGCUAAAGUGGGUUGUGGAGGGAAAAAUGAAGUACCAGGAGCAAGUCACUGAAGGAUUUGAGAACAUGCCAAUGGCUUUUAUAGGAAUGUUAAAGGGAGAAAAUCUUGGAAAAGCUGUUGUAAAAAUGUGAAGAUCAGAUAUUUCUGGGAGACUGGUGAAGCAGAAUGUGAUUCUGUUAAAUGCUUUUAAUUCACUUGUCAAAUCAUACGAUCAUCAUGUUUCUGUCAUUUUGCCAGAUGUGAUUUGGUGAUUGUAACCUCUAAUAAUAAUUAUGGCUACUAAGUAAUAAUGUGGCUAAUAAGUCGAAGUACAUUCCAAUUGCUUUGCUCUUGAAGAAAUUGAGAGUUGCUUCCUGGACCUACACAAAACAAAGUGCCUUUAAAUUGCUGAAAAUCAGAACAGUAACAGAUUUGAUAAUAGUUUGAACCUUUCUAUGAGCAGGCUUGUAGAAAGGAAAAUCAAUCUGAAAAGCUUUGCUAACUGAUGGCACAAUUAAUUUGUACCUAUUGAUUUGGCCCAGAACUUUGCAAGGGGGAUUUUUUUUAACCCAUAUCAAGGAGUGGAGAACAAGCUAAACUAACAGCACUUGGGGAUUCCAGCUUCCUCUUUAGUUGGCUUUUUUUUCUUUUAUUAUACAGUGCUGCUAUCACAGUUUUUCUGAGAAUAUGGAAAGGAAAAAUAAACCUCUUAAUGUGUAUACUUUGCUUGUUUUAUAGUUCUGUUUGUGGAACCCUCUCUCUUUCACUUCCUUGUGGUUAACACAAGGGAGCUAUGAUUUUACAAGGACUUGUUUAUCCCAGCAGAUCUCAGUACAGGUGAUAUGGAUAGUUACCAGUUUCCUUGAGAAAGUUGUCAUUGGUGUCCAACCUUGGAGCUGACCUUGCCAUAGUGUUCACCCUGGCACUCCUGGAAGGUGAGAUGAACAUGUUAGCCCUACUGUUCAGUUAGUGUCCACACACAAAGUGCCAAACAAAGGAGACACACAUUAGCAACACUGAGUAUCUCAGGUGUUCUGAAAAAGAACAAGGGCCUGUUACUGUGGGAUACGGACAGGCCUUGAGGGUUACUUUUUCAAGUCAUUGUGGAGGACUUCUUGGUGAGUUUUAAGGUUUCAUUCCUGAUCCUUGCAGAGAGAUUCCAAGCAGCCUUAAUAUCUUCACAGUGCCAGGUUUAGAUACUCUGUAUGUCCACAAAAAUGGAUCACUUAUUUAAGAUGUAGAUUGACAAUACUUGCUGAGUGGACUUAACAAAACACACCCUGAAAUGCAGGUCAACUGGCCACUGGAAAUAAUGAAUUUUGGCACAAGUAGGGAAGAGAUUCUGGUAGUUUUAAAAUGUUUUCUGAGGAGGACAAAUUUACAAUUUGAGUUAGCUCCAGUGCUGUGGUUUUACAUUGGCCACUGAGGAAGAUCUGUAGACUAAUGCCACUGCGUAUCAUGUAAAGCAGUAAACAAAAAAGGGAACUUCUUGUCAGUAGGCUUCAGAUGCAGUGAGUAGAGGUGUGAUAUUGCGUGGUGACUUUUUGUUAAGGAAUUUCUAGAGGGCUUCUGAGUCCUAAAAUACUGAAUUGAGUCCAGUAAAUUAAUGAUCUCUUGUUUCAAGUAAAGUGAUGAUUGGGAAAUUAAUUAAGAAUAGCCACAAAUAUGAGAGCAACAGGAAGAGUUUAUUUAAUCUUAAAUGUAAACAGCUGCAGGCUUCAUAAUUUGUUGGCUAAAUAACUCUUCAUUUAUAGAUAUCAUUAUUUCUACAGUAGUGGUUUAACUGCUUAACACCUUAUGCUUGCCUGUACAAAAUUAAGCAGUCUCUAGACUAGUUCCAGGCUAAUAAAUAUGCAGCUUUUGUGUCCUGUUCCUAA